AUGGGCCAAAAAUUGGUCAAUGAAAAGUUCCGCAAGGCUAAAGACAAUUUUCUUCGGAAAGGCGUGCUUUUCAAGAAGAGCUAUGGCGCAGACAUCUUCAUCGUCAUAAGGCGCGGUCAAAAGAUUUAUAUAUGUGACUCCGAGGACGGUGUCUCUUGGCUGACAGAUCUGAAGAUGCUAGACCAGAACUACCCCAUUCCGAUUCGCGUAACGCCAAAGCUAUUCGAGACUUGCCCCCGUUCCAAGAAGUUGAAAUUGGUUCAGAGAAGAGAUAGGGUAGCCGAUGAUGUGAUUGCGACAGAGGGAUGA